AUGGCCACACCCGCUAGGCCCGCGCCCUCCCCCAUCGUUCUUCUCAUAUACCCCGCGACCUUGCUGCUGGGUUCAUUGUUCUCUGCUAUCUCGCCGACAGCUCAAACAGCAGUAGCUUCUCAAUCACAAUCCACACAGCCAGCCGGCGCCCUAGCACCCUCUCUCGCAGCCGACCUGCAUCUAUCUGAAAGCCCGGCCAACUAUUUUGCCCGGAAGAACAAUAUCUUCAAUCUUUAUUUUGUAAAGAUCGGAUGGCUGUGGACAACAGCCGCUUUUGCCUCCCUCCUUCUUGCGCACCCUGCCUACCGCUCCUCCUCCCAGUCCCAACAACAAACACGAGUGCGCCGAUCCAUUCAAGCCUUUUCCCGCUAUGCCCUCGCAACGACAGUUUGGUAUUUGAUGACACAGUGGUUCUUUGGUGCGCCUAUCAUUGAUCGAAGCUUUAUUGUCACGGGCGGCAAGUGUCAGGAGGCCUUGAAGCAGGUGGAGAAGGCGAAAGCGGAUUCGAACCCGACUAUCCAACUAGAGACUUUAUUUUCUGCUGCGGCCUGCAAAGCGGCAGGUGGGGCUUGGAGGGGUGGUCACGAUAUAAGCGGACAUGUUUUUAUGCUUGUUCUUGCCACGGCACUGCUCGCCUUUGAAGCAAUCGGCGUUGGGGCCUUUUCAUUCGGUUGGUCCACAUUAGGGGAAAGUGGACACGAGCGAAAGGCGAGCGAUCCAAAUUCUUCCAGGGCAAAUGGCCAAGAUGAAGGUUCUGAUGUAGGUGUCAAAUGGUCACUACGCUUGGUUUGGGGUGUUGUAGGACUGGGUUGGUGGAUGCUUUUCAUGACUGCGAUUUGGUUCCACACUUGGCUAGAGAAGUGGUCUGGCUUAGCUGUUGCCUUGAGCACUGUAUAUGCCAUUUACAUACUCCCGAGGAAACUUGCUCCUUGGAGAGACAUUGUCGGAGUACCCGGGGCUUAA